UAGCGCCUCCCGCUCUCCUUCCUUGCUUGAACCCUUUCAUUUCUUCUCAAAAAACCAAAACCUUAUCUCUUCCAAAAUGUCUACAACUUCGGCUUCGUCUCUCGUUCUCCCAUCUCUCAGUCCCAAAACCCUAUCUCUUUACAACCCGAAACCUACUUCACUCUCCUUCUUCUCUUCCUCAUCUCUCAAGCUCCACGCCAAACCCAUUUCGAUUUCUUCUUCAUUUGUUCACUCCUUCCAACCAUCUCGUUUUGUUAGGCACGUUGCUAUUUCCUCAGAGUUUGACCAGGAAGAGGAGGUUCUGAGUGAAGGAGAUGAGUCCCGUUUCUCCCCUGACCUUAAACUCUUUGUGGGUAAUCUUCCUUUUAGCGUUGACAGUGCCCAGCUUGCUGGCUUGUUUGAAACCGCUGGAAAUGUUGAGGUGGUUGAGGUAAUAUAUGACAAGGUUACUGGGAGAAGUAGAGGAUUUGGAUUUGUGACCAUGUCGACAAUCGAGGAAGUUGAAGCAGCUGCUCAACAGUUCAAUGGCUAUGAACUUGAGGGCAGGUCCUUGAGGGUAAAUUUUGGACCUCCCCCUCCGAGAAGGGAAGAAUCCUUUUCUAGAGGGCCCCGAGGAGGAGGAGGAGGAGGAGGUGGUGGUGGUCCUUCUGAUGGUGUUAAUCGUCUUUAUGUCGGUAACCUUUCAUGGGGUGUUGAUGAUUUAGCUCUUGAGAAUUUGUUUAGCGAGCAAGGAAAGGUUGUGGAAGCCAGGGUGGUGUAUGACAGGGAGAGUGGUAGAUCUAGGGGUUUUGGCUUUGUAACUUACAGUUCCGCUGAAGAGGUCGGCAAUGCAAUUGAGUCCUUGGAUGGUGUUGAUUUGGGUGGUAGAGCAAUUCGAGUGUCUGUGGCAGAAUCUAGGCCAAGGCGUCAAUUUUGAGUUUCUUUCUAUUCCAGUGAAGGGUCAACUGAAGAAAAUAGUUUUGUGAUGUCCUGGUUGCCUUAGUGAAGUCUGCUAAUCUCUGUUCAGGGCCCUGGGAAAUUGGGAGCUGAAUGAUUUGCUUUUCAUCCAGGAUUUUGCCUGCACAAUUUGCAACUGAAAUACUGCAAUUGGAUCUGUUUGAAACCUGCCUCUAAAUGAACAGAAGCUAAAAAUGUCUGUUAGGAUUUGAUGUAUGUUUUGAAUACCAGGAUUCAGAUAAGAAUUGGAUAUGUAGCGCACUGUUUGACAUCAUUUGAUAGAGCUUGUGUAUGAAUUAUUUAAUUUGUUUGACUUCCCCAUACAUUUUCUGUCUGGGUUUCUUUGAGA